UUCACACGCUCUACGCACAGAAGUGCGUUCCUGCAAGAGCUGUAGAUUAACGCGUACUGUAAAAUUAAACGCAAAACGACAAUAACGGGUAGCUGGCCUGUUCUUCCCUAUUAUUUCUGCGCAUAGAAGAAAAAUAACAUAUACCUGUGGAUUCUUGCGUUAAACCGUCGCAUUUGGAUAACUGGGGCCCACAGAGUUGCAGAAAUGAGUCAAUGGUUGGAGCUUCAGCAACUGGAUUCAAAGUUUUUGGAACAGGUGGACCAGCUGUACGAUGACAACUUCCCAAUGGCCAUUCGCCAGUAUCUGAGCAACUGGAUAGAGAGUCAUGACUGGGACCAUGUUGCUAAUGUGGAGAAUGAGUCCCUGGCCACUGUGAGGUUCCAUGACUUGUUGACCCAGCUGGAUCACCAACACAGCCGUUUCGCGAUGGAGAAAGACUUCUUGAACCAACAUAACAUCCGCAAGAUCAAGCGGAACUUGCAGAGCCUCUUCCAAGAUAAUCCUGUUUCCAUGGCGAUGAUCAUCAGUAGGAAUCUUAAUGAGGAAAGGAAGAUUCUGGCCUCUGCUCAAACAUCAGAGAAUCGAGCGGAGAGCGCCCAAAAUGACAUGAUCGUGGAGAAACAUCGAGAGAUGGACGGAAGGGUGAAAGAAAUAAAGCUGAAAGUACAGGAAACUGAGCAAAUCAUCAAAAAUCUUGAGGACCUGCAAGACGAAUAUGACUUAAGCAAAACUCUUCAAAGCAGAGAGGAACUGAAUGGGACCAUUUCAAAAGAGGACUUGAAUCGUGAGAGAUUGAUUAUUCAUGCCAUGUUUAUGAAACUCAACGACAUGAGACAGGGUGUGAUUAGUCAGAUGUCAGAGGUGUUGAAUCUCAUGGAUCAGGUGGUGUUCGAGUUAAUCUCAUCAGAACUGGUUGAAUGGAGGCGUCGACAACAAAUGUCCUGUAUCGGUGGACUAACCAAUGUCUGCUUGGACCAGCUGCAGAACUGGUUUACUUCCAUCGGAGAGUCUCUGCUUCAACUCAGACAGCAACUCAAGAAGCUUCUAGAGCUUGAGCAGAAAUUCACAUACGACAGUGAUCCCAUCACUCACAGCAAGAGCACUCUGGAUGACAGGAUAAUGUCAAAUCUCAAAACUCUCAUCACAAACUCCUUGGUAGUUGAGAGACAGCCGUGUAUGCCGACCCAACUCCAACGACCACUGGUGCUGAAGACGGGAGUUCUGUUUACCCUCAAAAUCCGGCUGCUUGUAAAACUUCAGGAAUUCAACCACACAGUUCGAGUGAAGGUGCAAUUCGAUAAGGAUGUUGUUGAGAAACGGAAAGGGUUUCGUAAAUUCAACAUCUUGGGAACGGCCAUGAAGGUCAUGAACAUGGAAGAAUCCAAUGGAAUGGCAGCAGAAUUUCGUCACUUGCAAUUGAAAGAGCAGAAAGUUGCUGGAAACAGGACCAGUGAGGGCCCACUGAUUGUCACAGAAGAACUUCACUCCAUCACCUUUGAAGCAGAACUCUGCUGGUCUGGACUGGUCAUGAACUUUGAGACCACAUCUCUGCCCAUUGUCGUGAUCUCCAAUGUCAGUCAGCUACCCAGUGGAUGGGCUUCCAUCAUGUGGUACAACAUGCUGAUCUCUGAGCCCAAGAACCUUUCUUUCUUUGUGAGUCCUCCUCCGGCAACAUGGGUGCAUCUAUCAGAGGUGCUGAGCUGGCAGUUUUCAUCCAUCACCAAAAGAGGCCUCAAUCAAGAACAGCUAAGCAUGCUGGGUGCUAAACUCCUGGGUCCCAAAGCAAUGAUGGACCCCGAAGCUCAGAUUCCUUGGAAUAAAUUCUGCAAGGCUGGCAGUGAGAAGAACUUCACCUUUUGGUUGUGGAUUGAAGGAAUUCUUGACCUUAUUAAGAGACACCUGCUGAGUCUGUGGGAUGAUGGGUGUAUAAUGGGGUUUGUGACUAAGGACCGAACUAAAGCGCUGCUACAUGACAAAGCUCCUGGGACAUUUCUGUUGCGCUUCAGUGAGAGCAAUCGUGAUGGAGCCAUUACGUUCAGCUGGGUUGAACAUGAUGCAAACGAAGAGCCACAGAUCCGCUCAGUGGAGCCCUACACGAAGAAGGAACUCUCCGCCGUCUCACUUCCCGAUAUCAUUCGGAACUAUCGCGUGAUGGCAGCCGACAACAUCCCAGAAAACCCUCUGCGCUUCCUCUACCCCAAUUUACCCAAAGACGAAGCCUUCCAAAAAUACUAUUCCAAACCUACAGACAAACAAGAACCAAUGGAUGUUGAUAAGAAGUCAGAUGAGGGCUACAUCAGCACCACCCUCAUCUCCAUCUCUGAAAUGAAAACAGCCGAAUAUAACGACACACUCAUGCCAAUGUCCCCUGAGGUUUACGGCGAGCUGGAGCGCAUGAAUCGAUACAUAGGAGAUUUCAGAUCUUUGGAGUUGCCAUAAAAAUGCCAAUAAGUUAUUUGAAAUGACAGACGACUGGCAAAAAGUAGAAAUCUUUCUUUCAAUCUCUGUGUGCAUUCUUGUAAUACCACAAACAAUGCAAGAGGAACAAACAUAGACAUUUGUGUCAAGCAGUCCUUUGUUUUAUUAUAACGUUGAGAAAUGUCUUGAAAAACACUGUAUACUUGCUGUCAUCUGAAACAAAAACAUAAUUCACCCAAAUAUGAGAAUUCAGUCAUUUACUUACCAUAUUAUUCCAAACCUGUAUGAAAUUCUUCUGUGCAACUCAUAAAGAGAUGUUUGGCAAAUGUUUGGAGUCAGCAUCCAUUUUUGUAUGGAAAAAGAUGCAGUGAAAGUGAAUGGUGAUCGAGGCUGUCAGCCCCUAACUGGAACAACAUGAUUCUUGUUUUUGGGUGAAUUAUUCCUUUAAGUUCAUAUUAAUGCUGUUGUUACCUCAGAACUUAAUUCAUCAAAUAUAAACAACUUGUUAUUGUGAGUCAGGGAAGUUGUGUAUAAAUAUCACUUCAUUUAUCUUUGCAAAUAUGCUAAGUAUCAGAACAAAUCGGAGGUGGUGAGAUAAGAAGCUAGAAGGGUGAAUCUGUCGAUAACCUGCCAAGAACAUUUCAAAUGUCUUUUCUUUUGAUUUUGGGGUAAAGCAUUAUCUGAAAAUGUUCUUGGCAGGUUAUCGACAGAUUCACCCUUCUAGCUUCUUAUCUCACCACCUCUUUAGUAAUACCAAGUGUGCUUGUCUGCAUAGAACGUGUGCUUAUAGUAAUGAAACCAUCCAUCUCCAGAGGGACUUAAUGCAAAUGUACACAGCUGGUGGCACCAAAUCAGUCAGUGUUAUAACCAGUGCAUUUACUGUUUAACCGUUAACUUCACUUGUACAGUAUUGAUACUAAAGCAUGUACUGACAAUUAAAACAGUAAAUUUAUAAAAA